AUGGAGCAGUUUACUUUUCGGAGAUAAUCUCUCUUCCAGGUUUUUCAGGAUAAUUAUUAUAAUUUAAAGUAAGGCAAGAAAGAAUACCUUUAAAUUUUACAUCAUUGGUAGAAUAAAAAGCUGGUAAACUUAAUUAGAGUUGUGAUGAGGUUAUGUUAAAAUGCAUUAUUGAAGCUUAAAAGAUUAUUCCGCCUUUGCUAAAAAUAAAAAAACCAUGCGAUUCUCUUCCAGGAAAUUUUAAUGCCUGCCUAAUUACACCUCAAUGAAAUAUUCUUAACCUGA